ACGUCGAGUCCAAAACAUGAACAUGUGUUGACAUUGAGCAGAUCUUUCUUAAACGUUAUAAAUGCUUAAAGAAGCUGAUAUUAAAAACAUCUAUUCAGGGACAAAAUGGCCAGCACCAUGGUGGCUGUGGGACUCACUCUGGCAGCGGCAGGAUUCGCAGGUCGCUAUGUGAAACAGGCUCUGCAGUCCCUACCUAAAUCUGCUUUCGGAGGCGGGUAUUACAGAGGAGGGUUCGACCCCAAGAUGACGAGGAGAGAGGCGUCUCUCAUUCUUGGAGUGAGCCCCACAGCUAACAAGAACAAGAUCAGAGAGGCGCACCGGAAACUGAUGAUCCUCAAUCAUCCCGAUCGAGGUGGAUCACCGUACAUGGCAACGAAAAUAAAUGAAGCGAAAGAUUUACUUGGACAAGCCAAGAAAUAGUUUAGAACGUUUACAAGUGUGAUGGAGUCCUGUGUGAUGCACCUCAUUUUAUUAAAAUCAUUCACUGUA